AUGGAGACAGAGAGCGUGCCAAAGUCGAUGCAGCAAGAAGAACAGCGCAUGAGGACGCAACGCGAAAAGGAUGACGCGAAACGUGAGGCAAAACUUGAGAAGGAGAGACAGGAAGACAUCAAGAGCGGCAGGGAGGUUCUGGACAAGAAGUUCCAGCAAUUGGAGUUCUUGAUGAACAAGAGCAAGCUGUACGCAUCAGUCAUGCUUGCGCAGAUGCAGCAGCAGGAAGAACAAGAACACGCGGAAGACGAGAAAACCAACGGCGAAACCUCGAAGCGCGAAAAGACUGCUGACACAACGGCAGCGGCAUCACAGCGAAGAGCCACACGUGGAUCUGCGGCCAACGGUACGACAACGGCAAAGAAAGAAGAAGACGAGGAUGCGACACCGAAGAAACGUCCGGGAAGGCCGAAGAAAUCGGACACCAAGGGUCGUGGGAGACCGAAGAAGCAGACCUCCGACAUUUCGAGCUAUUUCAGCAAGGAAGACCUAGAGAAGAAGGCAGGCAACCACGAUGUAGGAACAGCGUUGAAAGAGGCAGCCGAGGAAGGCAAGGACAAUGUAAAAACAAGUGACAUUGGCAUGACAGACCUCAAAUCUGCACGGCAACCGAAACUAGUCACUGGCGGCACCAUGAGAUCAUACCAACUCGAAGGACUCGAGUGGAUGGUAUCACUCUACAACAACGGCAUCAAUGGCAUUCUGGCGGAUGAGAUGGGUCUGGGCAAGACCAUCCAGACAAUAGCCAUGCUCGCACAUUUAUGGGAGAACAAGUCGUAUGGACCCUUCUUGAUUGCUGCGCCGCUUAGCACCACAAGUAAUUGGGUUGCAGAGUUUGAGAAGUGGACGCCCAGCAUGCCGGUCAUGCUAUACCACGGUAAUAAGAAGGAGCGCGAAAGACUGCGCAAAACCAGGCUACGAAACCCGGGUACCGCUGACUUUCCUAUCAUGGUCACCAGCUACGAAAUAUGCAUGAACGAUCGCAAAUACCUUACGAGUUUUGGCUGGCAGUUCAUCAUCAUUGAUGAAGGGCAUCGCAUCAAGAACCUUGACUGUCGGCUGAUCCGUGAACUACAACAGUUCCAAUCUGCGAACCGUCUGCUUAUCACUGGUACACCACUUCAAAACAAUCUCGUAGAGCUGUGGUCGUUGCUACAUUUCCUCCUACCGACGGUGUUCGACAAAUUAUCAACCUUUGAGAGCUGGUUCGAUUUUUCUGGGCUUAAAGACAAGUCGAGCUUCGAACAAUUACUGUCGGAAGAGCGACAGCAAUACCUGGUGAAGUCACUACAUGCGGUACUGAAGCCAUUCCUGUUGCGGCGAGUCAAGACGGACGUUGAGAGCUUAAUGCCCAAGAAACGCGAGUACGUAUUGUACGCGCCAUUGACCUCGAUGCAACGUGAGCUGUAUCAGGCGAUCCUUGAUGGCACCAGUCGAUCCUAUCUCGAAGAGAAGGCUGUGGAAAGGCUGAGUAUUGGACUCAGCAGCCGAGCAGGAACGCCUUUGAGUAUUCGCAGUAACAACGGCGGUCUUAAGCGUAAAGCUUUAAGUAGUAGGGCAACACCCAACAAGAGCACGAAGACGUCUCGUGCAGGCACGCCCGCGUCUGUCGCCUCAACGAGAAGCCGGGGCAGGUCAAAGAAGAACUACGAAGAAGUGAGUGAUGAUGAGUAUUUCGAUGGACUGGACAAAGAAGAAUCUGAGGAAGAGGAGGCAGAGUUGAGCUCCGAUGCUGAGGACGAGAAGAUACGAGCUGCAACGUUCGAAAUCGCAAAACGUCAGCUCAUGCAGAAAAAACUUGGUAACCCCAUCAUGCAGCUUCGAUUAUGUUGUAACUCGCCGUACAACUUUUUCAAUCCUUUCAUUAAGGCGGAUACGGAUGGCGCUGAAACCUUCGCGUCAGAGACUGAGCCGGAUGAGACACUCGUAACAACAUCUGGCAAGAUGCUUCUACUCGACUCACUUCUACCCGAACUGAUACGCCGCGGCCACAAGGUUCUGAUCUUUUCCCAGUUUACUACUACCUUGGAUCUUCUCGGUCAUUACCUCGACCUGCGGUCCUGGAACUAUGCCCGUAUCGAUGGUUCAGUUGCACAAACAGAUCGUCAGGACCAGAUCUUAGCCUUCAACAAACCAUCGUCUACGAAGGAAGCUGCCGAUAUUUUCAUCCUCUCGACUCGCGCCGGUGGCCAAGGCAUCAACCUCGCGGCUGCAGAUACAGUCAUUUUAUUUGAUAGCGAUUGGAACCCUCAGCAAGAUCUACAAGCGAUGGAUCGCGCGCAUCGUAUCGGUCAAACGCGAAACGUUAUCGUCUACCGUUUCGCGACACGCAAUACCGUUGAGCAGAAACUCCUCGAAUCCGCAGAAGCGAAGCGUCGGCUUGAGAAACUUGUUAUCCGAAAAGGCGGCGUACGCAAUGACCGGGGUGGAACACGGGGCAAUGAUAAGGAGCAAGAGGUUGAGGAAUUGCAGAAACUUCUUAGAAGGAGCGACGGAGAGAAGUUUGACGUCGAAGGCACAGAGAGCGGCAAAGUAUUGCGGAAGGAGGAAUUGGAAAUCCUCCUGGACAGGAGUGAUGAGGCGUAUGAGAGGGCGGAGAAGGGAUUGGAUAUUGGUGGGGAGGGAGCUGUCUUCCAGGCUGUGGGGAAGAGAGAGGAAGGUGCUCUCAUGGAAGGAUUGAGGGCGUGA